UACUCCAGUACACAAGCAUCUGAAAAUUAAGAAGCAAGCAACUAGAUCAUAUCUAUGGCUAGAGAUCCUUCCUUAUCAAGUCAAGUACCACAAAUUGCUGAGCCUGAAAUUGUUCGCCGGACAGCAAAUUUCCAGCCAAGCAUUUGGGGAGAUCAGUUCAUCAACUAUGAUUCUCAAGACAUUAAGACUGAGGCCCUUUGGCAACAACAGGUUGAGGAACUGAAAGUAGUCGUGAAGAGGGAAGUAUUUACAAAUGAAGGUGAUUUUUUCUAUCGACUCAAGUUGAUCGAUGCAAUGCAACGACUUGGCGUGGCAUACCAUUUUGAACAAGAAAUAGAGGAUGCACUGCAACACAUCCAUGCUACAUAUCAUGAUCAGGAUCACUAUGAUGAUAAGGGCGAUCUUUACACUGUUGCGCUGUGUUUUCGGUUGCUAAGGCAACAUGGAUAUGAUAUCUCAUCAAAUAUAUUCAACAAGUUCAGAGAUGCAAAUGGUAGCUUCAAAGAAGGCUUAGUUGUUGAUGGGUCUGCUAUGCUGAGUCUCUACGAAGCUGCACAUCUUAGGAUUCAUGGAGAAGAUACACUAGAAGAGGCUCUUGUUUUCACCACUACUCACCUCCAGUCCGCAAAAUCCAAUGCAUGCUAUCAAGUACAAAUGACUGAACAAAUAACUCAAGCCUUGGAGAGACCUCUGCGAAAAAGUCUAGAGAGGAUAUGUGCCAAGCGUCACAUGUCAAUUUACCAACAUGAAGAUGAAGCCUCACUCAUCCAACGCAAUGAAGCUUUAUUGAAACUCGCAAAGUUGGAUUUCAAUCUCGUUCAGUUUUUACACAAAAAGGAGUUAUGUGAGAUUGCUAGGUGGUGGAAAGAACUUGACUUUGAAAGGAAAUUGCCUUUUGCAAGAGACAGGAAGGUGGAGUUGUUCUUUUGGAUAGUGGGAGUAUAUUUUGAACCCCAGUACUCUAUGGGCAGAAUCAUUAUGACAAAAGUGGCUAUCCUCCUAACUGUGUUGGAUGAUAUCUAUGAUGCAUAUGGUACAUUUGAAGAACUCGUGAUCUUCACUGAAGCAAUUGACAGGUGGGAUGUCAAAUGCAUAGAUGGACUGCCGGACUAUUUGAAAAUAUUCUAUCAUGAACUUUUGAAUCUUUUCAAUGAAAUUGACAAAUUGAUGUCAAAGGAAGGAAGAUCAUACCGAGUUUCCUACGCUAUACAAGCUAUGAAAGAUCAAGCCCGAUCGUAUUUCAAUGAGGCCCAAUGGUUGCACGAAGGACGCACUCCGAGCAUGGAGGAGUAUAUGAGUGUUGCUACUGUUUCAAUUAGUUACACUUUUCUAACAACCAUUUCAUUACUUGGCAUGGGAGAUAUUGUAACGAAGGACGCAUUUGAGUGGUUGUUGAAUGACCCAAAAAUUGUUAGAGCUUCCAAUGUCAUUUUUAGGCUUAUGGAUGACAUUGUUUCCACCAAGUUUGAAAAAGAGAGAGGACAUGCACCAUCUAGCAUUGAUUGCUAUAUGAAGCAAUAUGGUGUUUCAGAGCAAGAGACGAUUGAUGUUUUCAACAAAAAAAUUGUGGAAUCAUGGAAGGAUAUAAACGAGGAGUUCCUCAAACCAACCACUGUGCCAAUGCAGGUUCUUAUGCGAGUUCUUAAUUUAACAAGAGUAGCAGAUCUUCUUUACAAGGGAGAAGAUGGAUUCACACGGGUUGGGAAGAUGACCAAAGAUAGUGUUGCUGCAGUUAUUAUCGAUUCAGUGCCACUGUGAUCGAGUUGGUUUCAAAGUUAGUUGGUCUCCAUAUAUAUACGUAAAUAAGUGGGAGAUUGCUGUUUACUCUUUCCAUGAUCAAUAAGAUGUAACUCCAGUAACUAAAUUAGGUCAAACCACUUUCCGUGCAUGUUGAAAGGGUUGUUGGGGCCGCCAGUUUGUUUGUAAUAGUAUUGUUUGUCAAGUUUGUUUGGAGUAGUGUGUAUUGUUUCUCAGUGUUUGUUUGGGAUAGUGUCUAUUGUUUCUCAAGUUUUUUGAAAUGUGGUGUAUUGUUUCUCAAUGUUUGUUUGGAAUAGUGUGUACUCAAGUUUAUCUUUAUAACAUAACAUAAUAUUAUUUAUAUAC